AUGGCAAGUGGUUUCUAUGGACAAGCACUAAUGACAGAAACAUGGGCGGCCCUAGCCAAUUGCCAGCUGGAGUUCCACCUCUUGCUGGAGUCAUGCCAACUCCUGGAGCUGGAAGUCCUCUGGAACUACGAGCAAAAAGUGGAACUCAACAACCAAGUGAUGGAGCAGCUGACACAGUACCAGUUCUACCAGGAGCUACACAAUUAUUAG